UUAACAUGAGUGUAUUCUUUGCUUCUCUCCAGACAAAAUGCUUCCUAACGGUUCAUCCUCAUGCUGGAAUGUUACAUAAAAUUAUCUUUAUUUUAUUUUAUUGAUUUGUUUUGUUAUGCUAUGUACCCAAAAGAGUGUUCUUUAUUAUUGUAUAUCUCCAUCAGUUUGAUAUUUAUGUUUCUGUAACUUGGAUGUGCUGUAUACAAAGCCUUUUAAGUCUCCCCUGGCAGACUGUGGUGUAGGUCACUGGCUGUUGAUGCCCUUACCGUCCUCUGUACCUUUAAGGGAACCAUGUACCUUUUUCAUCCAGCAGAUUCUGCUGAUAUGAACUACCAUCAACCUUUAUAUCCAGAGUGGAGCACAUGAGGAGGGGCUGAUGCUGGAGCACUCUUUGCUGCCUCUGCAGCAUUUGAUUAGUUUGUGAGAACAAAGCUGUGUUUAGAAUUUGAUUAGUUAAUUCACAUGGAAUUAAGUUGUUUUUUUUCUGCUGUAAUUCAAUUUUUUUAAUCUUUAUUUUUAAUUGACUAUAAUUUAGAGAUGUGUGCUUUUGCAGUCCGUGUGUUUUUGGGAAUCCUUCUCUGUGCACCAUACCACUGCUUGGAGUGUCCUUUUGGCUGUGAGUGUUUUGCCAUCACUCGCACAGUAAAAUGUGUUUCUAAGGAUUUGCUCACGGUGCCUCAAAGUAUUCCAGGAUAUGCAAAGACUGUCAUCAUCACAGGGAAUAAUAUACACCGGAUUGGACCACAUUCCUUUACAGAGCUGGAGAAUGUCACCAACAUAAUUUUAAGCAAUAAUAGGAUUACAGAGAUGUCAUCUGACAGCUUCUCUGCUCUCAUCAACCUGCGCUUUCUGGACCUCAGUGAGAACCAGCUGGCCCUCAUCCAUCCACAAGCUCUCAGCAUACCUGGCAGUCCCCUUCAGGAGCUCAACCUCAGCUGCUCCCUGCACAACUUCACUGCACUGACAGACCUUACCACGGCUCUGCGCUGGGGUGGCCUCAGUGGGCUCCUCCGUCUCGACCUCUCUGGGAACCAGCUCACCCUGCUGCCCCCAGGGAUGUUCUCCCACCUUCCCGACCUGCAGCAGCUCUUUCUCGCUAACAACUCUCUGACGGCUGUCUACAGUGGAACCUUCUCUGGUAUGAACCAUCUGGAGAUGCUGGACCUUACACACAAUGCCUUUAUGACAUUCCGGGCUGAUGCUCUACAAGAGUUGAAGAAGCUUGGGAACAUCCGGAUCCUUCUUGGAGACAACCCUUACACCUGCUCCUGUGAGAUCAGAAACUUUGUGGCCUGGCUGAAUGAAUCAAGAGCUCAGGUAGAUGUGGAUGCUGUAAGGUGUGCCUCACCAAGAGGGUUCAGUGACACCUGGCUGAGAGGGCUCGGUGUCCAUGACCUCGGAUGCGUUGUUCCAGUACAAGCAGAGGUGGCUGACCUCACCCUGCAGACGUCCUAUGUCUUCCUAGGGCUGGUGCUGGGGUUUGUGGGCAUGGUCUUUCUCUUUGUGCUCUACCUGAAUCGCAAAGGUAUGAAGAAGUGGAUCAUUGAAAUGAGAGAUGCGUGUCAGGACGUUCUGGAGGGAUAUCACUACCGAUAUGAGAUUGACUCAGACCCUCGGCUGGGGCACAUCUCUGCAAAUAACCGAGGCAGCAUGGCACAAGGUCAUUUAGGAUUAGCUCUGUCACAGCAGCUGCAAAGUGACACCUGUAUUGUCCAGCUUCCUACAGACACACAGGUCAAACAGCUGACAACCUCUAACAACCUAUGAUCUUUUAAUGAAGCUAGAAUAAUUUAAAGCAGAUGUAGAUGUGAGAUGUCACUAGCUUUACAGUUAAUGUUUUUGAGCUUCCUGUACAUACUGCAGUUAUUACUUUUAAAUCUAACCAAGUGCUUUCAUGUCUUCGAGGCACUUGUAUCUGUAUAUUGACCUUAAUGUUGUGUGUCUAUUUUACAUUUUAUAAAAACAUAAUACAAAGGCUACAUUGAAAACAUACUCUCAUUUUCUGUCAACUUUGUUUUUUGGUAUUAGUGUCAUGACUUUAAAUAUCUUAACAUAUUACAAAAGACCAGAAAAAUAAAUGAUAUAGAUGGUAGCUCAAUAACAUGACAAAUGUAUAUUGACUUAAGAAACUGUAAUCCAUAGACACCCAGUAAAUUAUAUAAUAAGUACUACGAUUAAUCCUUAAAUUCAGUUAAUCUUUAUUGUGCUAGAAUUCAUAAUGUGACCUGUAUAACAAUAUUCAAAGGAAUAGAUAUUCAAUCUACUGUAUGAUAUGAAAUAGUAUUUGCAUUAAUUAUACAAUAAACUUUUGAUGUA